AUGGCUGCGCUGCGUCGUGCGCAGAUGUUCCAUACGGGCGUGAGGCUUCUUGCUCCCGAAACCAUCAAAGUUCCACAAAUGGCUGAAUCGAUUACCGAGGGUACACUCAAGCAAUGGAGUAAACAGGUUGGGGACACGGUCAACCAGGAUGACGAAGUUGCGACGAUCGAAACUGACAAGAUCGAUGUGACGGUGAAUGCACCGAUGUCUGGGAAGAUUGUCGAGCUGCUGUUCAAUGAGGAAGAUACGGUGACUGUUGGUGCAGAUAUGUUUCGGAUCGAGCCGGGUGAAGGGGGUGCAUCAUCGUCGCAGGCCCCAAAGGAGGAAAAGAAGCCCGAGCCGGCAGCUGAAGAGUCCAAGCCUGCUCCCAAGGAAGAAAAAGAAGAGGUCAAGGAGAGCAAGAAGGAGGAAAAGAGUGAAAAGAAAGAGGACAAGAAGGAGAAGAAAGAAAAGAAGGAGGACAAGAAAGAGUAUGAGACACCGAAGCCUGUGGCCGGAUCGCGCGGCGAGACCAGGGUCAAGAUGAACCGCAUGCGCCUGCGGAUCGCCGAGCGUCUGAAACAAUCUCAGAAUGCGGCCGCGUCGCUGACGACAUUCAACGAAAUCGACAUGGGUUCGCUGAUGGAGAUGAGGAAGAAGUACAAGGAUGAAGUGCUAGACAAGCAAGGCGUGAAGCUUGGGUUUAUGAGUGCGUUUGCCAAGGCAUGCUGUCUCGCGCUACGGGAAAUUCCGGUAGCGAAUGCGAGCAUCGAGGAUGAGUAUAUUGUGUAUCGGGACUAUGUCGAUCUGAGCGUUGCGGUCGCGACUCCCAAGGGCCUAGUCACACCUGUGGUUCGCAACGCCGAGACAAUGAACUUUGUCGAGAUUGAACGUGAGAUUUCCGCAUUGGGCAAGAAGGCGCGGGACAACAAGCUGACGCUCGAGGAUAUGGCCGGAGGAACGUUCACAAUUUCGAACGGCGGUGUGUUUGGGAGCCUGUUUGGGACUCCGAUUAUUAACCUUCCUCAAGCGGCCGUGUUGGGAAUGCAUGCGAUCAAGGAUCGGCCUGUGGUUGUGGACGGGAAAAUUGAAAUUCGACCCAUUAUGGUUGUUGCGUUGACCUACGACCAUCGGUUGCUGGAUGGACGAGAGGCUGUUACGUUCCUGGUGCGAGUAAAGGAGUACAUCGAGGAUCCGCGCAAGAUGCUUCUGGCACCAUGA